UCUCCAUGUUUGCUCAGAUCUAGAGUAAUCAAAAUGUCUGAGGAAGAUACCGCUAUUAAUCCAAAGAAAUCAGCCAUGGAUGAGAAGGUUGAUAAGUUGGAAGCUACAAUGCAAACUAUGGCUACUACUCUUCAAACCAUUAGUCUCACUUUGUCUACUUUGUCCACUUUGACUACUGGUUUGGUUCCUUCACCUGCAUCCUUAAUACCCACAAUACCAAUUCCACCUGUCCCUACCAUCACACCAGCCUCAUACCCACCAUUUGAGAUGAACAACCCUACCUUGCCCACAACCUCACCUCUUACCCUUAACAUACCACCCUUGAUUGGACAAGUGCCAACUAUUCAACCCAACCCCUUGGUUGCGAUGCUAAGGCCUGCUUUAGAGGAUGGGAAAUCAAGAGAGGUUGAUCACAAGCUGCAACAAUUAAAAAAGGCUUUGAAGGCUAUGCAAGGGCCGCAAGCUUAUGGUUCCACUGAUUUGGAUGAUCUUUGUUGCUAUUCGGAUAUUCAGAGAAAUUUCAAGUUCAAGCAGCCGGAUUUUGACAAGUAUGAUGGCUUAAGUUAUCUUUAUACCCACCUACAGAUGUAUCCUAGGAAGAUGGCACCUUAUGCUAAUGAUGAAAGGGUGCUCAUUCAUUAUUUUCAAGACAGUCUCUCAGGCCUAGCAAGUGUUUGGUUUUCAACGCUUGACAAGAAGAAGAUUUGCACUUUCAAAGAUGUGUCUCAAGCUUUCAUGAAGCAAUAUAAAUUCGAAGCAGCUAAAGUCAUGCCACCUCUCACCGACAAUGAAAUUUGCUCUCUCUUUAUCAAGUCGACUACCAGGACUUUCCGUGCAUGGUUAGCUCCUUGUGUGGGAUAUACUUUCACUCAGCUAGUAACAGCGGGUGAACAAAUUGAAGAUGUACUUAAGACAGGCAUAAUUAUGGACUUUCAAGCCAUCCAGAAACAGUUAGAACAAGUCAAAAUGGGUAAUGUCCGGUCUACUUCAAAGAAGUUUGCACCUGGAGAAAGAAAAGAAGAUGAAGAAGCUCUGAAUCUUAUCGAUGAAGGUAAACUUCAGUUUGAUGUUAAUGAAGCCAAGAGUACUCCGAACAUCACUCAAAAUCCUUUACCCCUUUAUGAUGCUGGCACAAUGAAUAUGGGCGCCCUUGAUGAAGUUGAAAAGCCCAUGUUGGAGAAUGCUAGUUUUUCGUCUCUUGGUGAAUUUAUUACCAUUUUGACAAAGUAUGAUUUGAUUCAGUCGAUUGCACAAAUGAGCUUGAAUGUUUCGCUUGCGAUGAUUGAUGAUGCCUUGGUGUGUCCUUACCACUCCAAUAUGACGGGGCAUGCUUUGCGAGAUUGUGAAGAUUUUCAGAAAAAAGUUAAGGAGUUGCAAGCAAUGGGAUUUUUGAAGUUUGUGUCUGCUCAGGUGUCAGAAAAAUGUAUAGCACAAUUUGAAGACAUGGGUGUGGAACAUAUCACUGAUAAGGUCUGUUUUGAUGAUGAAGAAGACUAUUUUGGCUUCAACAAUCUCUUUGGGCUGGCCAACAUUGCAAAUCUUAAGGAGAAGUGGAGAAGGAUACUAGCUGAAAGGGCAUUCAUGGAGAAGCACCUCGAUUUCCAUCUUGUUCAUUAUGCGAAAGCUCCAAUGGGUUCACAUGAGUCUAUGCCUUUUGAAUCAAUGAAAGAAGAAUCACUAUGUGACUCAUGGGGAAAUUUGACUAUGAAUGCUCUAGAUGAGGAAAAACCGAAAUUUGAUAGGGGAAUUUCUCUAGUCAAUGAAAGCUCUCAAGCUAAUUGGACAGCGAAGCUUCUCCCGGUAGCUUUCAUCCCUGAGUAAGAAGAGUCAAUCUCUAGUGGUUCUGCUUGCUACUACAUGAAGGGAGGGAUUCAGUAAGCACUUUUAUAUUUUUUGAAAUUUAUGUUACUAUGCUUCUAGUAUUCCCAUGCUUUCCUUUUCAAUAAAACAUGUUGCAAUCC